AUAAUGGUUUUGCCACUAGUCUGCAAUUUGCUCCUUUGGGUAGUCAGGUCCGAACCAUCUCAUGAAAAAGGCACAACUCCUCGUGUGUUCCUAGAUUGGAUCCAUUAGCUUCUACGAAAUAGUAAGAGCUUUACAUCGAGGACCAAAUUGUCUCGUAAUUUGAUCUAGGGUUUUCCCUUCAUUAUUUUCUCUUCUUUCAUCUUGCGGCUUGAUAGUCUUAGGGUUGGGGGAUUUUGACUUUUUCUUGACCCAUUGCCUACUAGUUCCCUUGACUUCUCCAUUCCAAUUGCUCCUCGAUCGCUAGUUCCUAGCCAAAUUUGCCAUCCUUCGGUAAUUUUGCCUAAACAACCCAUAUCCAUUGGCCUUCAGUCUCCUCCUUGGCUUAUUCCAACUCGGGCCCCAUCCAUUAUUGCUUUCAAGGUUCCGGUUGGAAUUUUGUCCCCAGUAUGGGCGAGUAUGUUCUGAUUGUCCGAAGUCCCUCUGCAUCCCAAGGUUUCUUCUUCGAUCAUUCUAUUGUUUGUUCCAACAUUUGUCUCACCAUCCACCAUUUUCAUAUACCCACUGUGGGUGAUGCUCCUCACAACCUUCCACCUCUUCGUCAAACUCCACAUCAGCCCAUCUGUAACCUUCCAAAUCGCUUGCUUUUUUCGCUCCUACUCCGAUUUACUCUUCAUUCUCUCCAAGAUGAGAAUGCUUAUUAUCUCCUUGAAUAGGAAAAAUAUUUCUAUCAUUUUGACAAUCUCUGAGUGUCUCAUCUUUGUACUCUAUUUUUUUUAACAUUUUCAAUUAGAAAAUCAAGAUUAAAUAUCCCAUAAGCUCUUUUUGACUAAGAUGGAUAUAUGUACCUCUAAAAUAAAUCACAUAAUUUUAAUAUGUCCAUGAAAUCAAACAAGUCUAGAACCUAAACAAAAACAGUAGUAGCCUCGCCUGCUACCUAUUUGCGCGUCAUACUUUAGCAACGAGUGAAUAUAUGUUUUUCCCUCGUUAUGCUAUCAACCAAUUCAAACAAGGAUUUUUAUUACAGACCCUUCAAGUACGAUCUAUCAAAGGAAUAUGACAAUGCACAGAGCCCUACAGCUCAUGAACUACGGCAGUCUAACACCCAUUACAAAAUACAGAACAAGGAACUCAUGGCACUGGAGUAGCAGGUUUUUUACAUCCAGAGUAAUAAGAAGUCCGACAGAAAGUGAUGAAGAAUUGAGGAUUUUUAUAGUGGCCGGUGAAGUCUCUGGAGAUAUCAUUGGCAGCAGGCUCAUGGCUUCUCUCAAGCUCCUGUCUCCCGUAAAUGUCAAAUUUGCUGGAGUUGGAGGGUCCUUGAUGGUUAAAGAAGGAUUGCAGUCACAAUUUCCUAUGGAGGAUCUUGCGGUAAUGGGUGUUUGGGAAUUGGUUCCUCAUAUUCAGAAAUUUUGGGUGCGGUUAAAGCAAGCAACACAAUCUGCUUUGGAUUUUCAAGCACAUGUUAUUGUCACAGUCGAUUCCAAAGGAUUCUCUUUUCGACUAUUGAAGUAUAUACGCGCUGGGUGUGCUCAGAGGGGUCUAGCUUGUCCUGUCUGUGUCCAUUAUGUUGCACCUUCAUUUUGGGCGUGGAAGGGAGGUGAGAAGCGAUUAAAAGGAUUGAGAAACAUAGUUGAUCACAUACUAUGCAUUCUACCUUUUGAAGAAGAAAUAUGCAAAAUGAAUGGAUUAGCUGCAACCUUUGUGGGACAUCCUAUACUGGAGGAUGUUUUUAAUAAAUAUGCUGGUGACAACUUAGAGAGGAGUAAGUGGAAGGUAGUUGGAGAUGGUGCAAAGUUUCGAAAAGAAAAUGGACUAUCUGCUGAUGCAACUAUAAUCAGCUUGCUUCCUGGGAGCCGAAUACAAGAAGUUGAUCAUAUGCUACCCAUUUUUGGCCAAGCUUUGGGUGAAUUGAAACACAAUUUUAAUGACCUAACUGCAGCUAUUCCAGUUGCUCCUAAUGAACAAGUUGCAAAGUCUGUCAAAAAAUUUACUGAAAGAUGGACUGUUCCUGUUGUCUUACUAUCUGGAGAGUCCUUAGAAUCAAUAUACAAUGCUUUUGAUGCAAGCAUUGCUGCUCUAAGCACAUCAGGCACAGCAGUUCUUCAAUUGCAACUGGCUCGAUUGCCUUGUGUUGUUGCAUAUCGUGCCAGUCUGCUAACUGAGUGGUUGAUUCAAUUUCGGACCAAAUUAAGCUAUAUAUCAUUGCCGAAUAUUCUGAUGGAUUCUACAGUUCUUCCAGAAGCUCUUUUCUCAGAAUGUACCCCCUCACGACUAGCUAUCAUGAUAAGGCAACUUGUCCAAAAUGAACAUCUCCAAAAUCAGCAAGCUAUAGCUGCAGAGAAGAUAUUUGACAUCCUUAAGCCUCCAGUGAAACAUUUAAGUGGAGUAUCCUUCCAGUGGACUAAUUCAUCGCAGCUUUUACAGAAAUUAAGGGCACCAACACCAAGUGGUAGCCAUACGAUUCCUUGUCUCUUCAGUUGUAGAUUCUCGCUAAAGUAUUGAUGAACUGGAUAUUUGUAAAUUGUUGUUCAAAAGUGGAUGAAAAGGGAGCUCUAUAAGUUUAUUCCAAGGUAA